CCCGUCCGCCUACAGUAAGUUACCCGCCCCCGACUGCCCUCGCGAAGAAGGAGGGUAUUUGCUUGCCCCCCACUGCCCUAACCACAGAGCAGAGACCAUAUAGCGCCUUCUCUUUGCGCCUACGAGCCUCACAAAGGGAAAAAACAAUUUGGCUGUUUUUUUUGUUACAGUUCUCUGUAGAAACCUUGCCCCUCAUCCCUCCCUUCAAGCCUUUCUUUCUCCACUCCAGCUAAAUUUCACAGUUCUCUCAUUUUCCAAUUCUUCUUUUCACUUCUACUACAUAGCAAAGAAGAAACUUCCAAUUUCCAGGGAACAUUUACCUUCCAGUUGUCAAACACGCCCAUAAGUUGUUAUUGCAGGUCAAUAGCUUAUGUUAAAAGGAAGUGCUGUAGAAACACUCAAGAGAAGUCAGUUGCUUAUUAAUUGCAAGUUAGCCUCUUGAAAUGGAGGGCAUUGCAGGCCUUGAUGAAACGAAGGAUGUUUUGGAACCAGAUAAAGGAAGUAAAGGGGGGCUUUAUGUUCCUGGGAAAGAUCGUGUCAUAUUUAGACCUCCUCCUGAACGAAAGUCCAUUCUUGGCUUGGAUGCUCUGGCCAUUGCCAAAGGAGGAAGAAAGAGUGAACAUGGGUUUAAAGUUCCUAUGGAUCGGAUUGUUUCAUCUAUGGCAUCACUAGAUGCAGAAGAAAAGUCUGAUUUCCAAGAAUCUGAAGAUGGUUCAAGUGAUGUGCCUCAAAGAGAACACGAGCUUGCACAUCGCCAUUACCGGGAAUCUUCAUCUAGGGAGAAAUUAUCUUUGGAAAAAGAGAGGGAGGCUGCAUCUGAAACACAGUCUUCAAGUGAACGCCAUCGUACCAAAGACUGCACUCCAUCGAGUGACAUUUCUAGGAGCAGUCCAUAUAGGACUCCCAGAAGACACGGGAUGGAAGGUUAUGGUAGUGGAAGGAGGGAAUCUGAGGCUGAGGAAAGGAGUGACAGCAAGAAGCAGAGAUAUGAUAGUGAUGGUGAUAAAGACUAUCGUGGAAGGGAAUCACACAGGAGACAUGAUGGCUAUGAUCAGAUGUAUGUUGGCGAGCAUGGAAGGAAAAGAAGUAGAGAUGCAUAUUCUUCAAGAUCAUCUGGGGCUGAGGAAAGGAGUGACAGCAAGAAGCAGAGAUAUGAUAGUGAUGGUGAUAAAGACUAUCGUGGAAGGGAAUCACACAGGAGACAUGAUGGCUAUGAUCAGAUGUAUGCUGGCGAGCAUGGAAGGAAAAGAAGUAGAGAUGCAUAUUCUUCAAGAUCAUCUAGCAAGUCUGAUUGGGAUGACGGAGGAUGGGAAUGGGAAGAUACACCUCGUAGGGAUAGCCCUCAUGUGCCUAGUAGAAAUCAUUUGCCUGCACACUCUCCAAUGCUGGCUGGGGCCUCUCCUGAUGCACGAUUGGUUUCACCUUGGUUGGGAGGUCAUACUCCUUAUACUUCAGUUUCUGCUUCUCCUUGGGACAGCGUUACUCCUUCUCCAGCCCCAAUACAUGCAAGUGGAGUUCCAACAAGGUCUUCAAUGUCCCGUGGUCAAAGAUCACAUCAACUCAGUUUUCCGUCAGAAAAGUCCCAGCCACGUUUUGAGGAUGACGGAGUUCAUAAAAGAUCUUUGUCCAAAGAAGAGUCUCAGGAUGUCACUGAAAGGAUGAGAGUAGAGAUAGAAGAUGCGGAGCGAGAUGCUGACCGUGCCUGGUAUGAUAGAGAAGAAAGUGGUGCAAUUUUCGAUGCUGAUAGCUCAUCUAUAUUUCUUGGCGAUGAGGCUACUUUUCAGAAGAAGGAAACAGAGUUAGCAAAAAGAUUGAUACGGAAGGAUGGAACUCGAAUGAGUCUAAGCCAAAGCAAAAAGUUGUCACAGCUGACUGCAGACAAUGCACAGUGGGAGGACCGCCAACUUCUGAGGUCUGGAGCUGUUAGAGGAACAGAGGUGCAAACUGAGUUUGAGGAUGAGGACGAGAAGAAGGUCAUACUUCUUGUUCAUGAUACCAAGCCUCCUUUCUUGGAUGGCCGUGUUGUUUUCACCAAGCAAGCAGAACCCAUAAUGCCAGUGAAGGAUCCAACUUCAGAUAUGGCCAUCAUAUCACGCAAGGGAUCUGCUUUAGUGAGAGAAAUUCAUGAAAAACAGAGUAUGAACAAAUCGCGCCAGCGCUUUUGGGAACUUGCAGGUUCAGCGCUGGGCAAUAUUCUGGGGGUUGAAAAAUCUGCAGAGCAGAUUGAUGCAGAUACAGCUGAAGUAGGGGAACAUGGUGAAGUUGAUUUUAAGGAGGAUGCAAAGUUCGCAUCACACAUGAAAGAAAAAGGUGAAGCAGUGAGUGAUUUUGCAAAGACCAAAUCACUAAUGGAACAACGGCAAUAUCUUCCGAUUUAUUCUGUUCGAGAAGAGUUGUUGCAGGUAGUUCGUGAGAAUCAGGUAAUUGUUGUCGUUGGUGAGACUGGAUCGGGCAAAACGACGCAACUUACACAGUACCUGCAUGAGGAUGGAUUCACACAAGGUGGAAUUAUUGGUUGUACUCAACCAAGGCGUGUUGCAGCUAUGAGUGUUGCCAAACGUGUUAGUGAAGAAAUGGAGACUGAAUUGGGGGAUAAAGUUGGUUAUGCUAUUCGUUUUGAGGAUGUGACAGGAAAAAAUACUGUAAUCAAGUACAUGACUGAUGGAGUACUCCUACGUGAAACUCUAAGGGAGCCUGACCUGGAGACAUAUAGGGUCGUUGUCAUGGAUGAAGCACAUGAAAGAUCAUUGAGCACAGACGUAUUAUUCGGUAUACUGAAGCAAGUGGUCUCCAGACGUCGUGAUUUCAAGCUCAUUGUGACAUCUGCUACGCUAAAUGCACAGAAAUUCUCCAACUUUUUUGGAAGUGUGCCAAUCUUUCAUAUACCUGGCCGAACAUUCCCAGUUAACAUCCUAUACAGCAAAACACCAUGUGAGGACUACAUCGAAGCAGCAGUGAAGCAAGCCAUGACCAUCCAUAUCACAUCCCCUCCUGGUGAUAUUCUCAUCUUCAUGACAGGCCAAGAUGAGAUCGAGGCCACAUGCUAUGCUCUAGCGGAGCGAAUGGAGCAAUUAGUCUCCACCACAAAGAAAGGAAUUUCCAAUCUCUCUAUCCUCCCUAUCUACUCUCAAUUACCAGCCGACCUUCAAGCCAAGAUAUUCCAAAAAGCUGAAGGUGGUGCUCGAAAAUGCAUAGUGGCGACAAACAUAGCUGAAACCUCUCUAACCGUUGAUGGCAUAUUAUAUGUUAUUGACACUGGUUAUGGAAAAAUGAAGGUGUAUAACCCAAGAAUGGGUAUGGAUGCUCUUCAAGUUUUUCCAGCAAGCAGAGCGGCUGCUGAUCAGAGAGCAGGUCGAGCAGGAAGAACAGGACCAGGUACAUGUUAUCGCCUCUAUACUGAGACAGCCUAUCAAAACGAGAUGUUGCCAAAUCCGGUGCCUGAAAUCCAAAGAACCAAUUUGGGCAAUGUGGUUUUGUUACUCAAGUCUCUUAAUGUUGAGAACUUACUUGAUUUUGAUUUCAUGGACCCCCCACCACAAGAUAACAUACUGAAUUCUAUGUACCAAUUGUGGGUUUUGGGGGCUUUGGAUAAUGUGGGGAGGCUCACCGAUCUCGGUCGAAAAAUGGUGGAGUUCCCAUUAGAUCCCCCACUAGCUAAGAUGCUCUUGAUAGGAGAGAAACUAAGAUGCGUUAAUGAGGUCCUAACCAUAGUCUCUAUGCUCUCUGUGCCCUCUGUGUUUUUUCGGCCAAAGGACAGGGCCGAAGAGAGCGAUGCAGCUAGAGAGAAGUUCUUUGUGCCCGAAUCGGAUCAUUUAACGCUUCUACAUGUUUACCAACAAUGGAAGGCUAACAAUUAUAGAGGAGAUUGGUGCAAUGACCAUUUCUUGCAUGUUAAAGGCUUGAGGAAAGCAAGAGAGGUGAGGUCUCAACUGCUUGAUAUCCUCAAAAUGCAAAAGAUAGAGCUCACUUCCUGUGGUCCAGAUUGGGAUGUGGUGCGCAAAGCUAUAUGCUCCGCAUAUUUCCAUAAUGCGGCAAGGCUUAAAGGGGUCGGAGAGUAUGUGAAUUGUAGGACUGGGAUGCCUUGUCAUUUACACCCUAGUAGCUCGCUCUACGGACUAGGAUACACCCCUGACUACGUGGUGUACCAUGAGUUGGUGCUAACUACCAAGGAGUAUAUGCAAUGUGUGACUAGUGUGGAGCCUCAAUGGUUGGCUGAGUUGGGCCCUAUGUUCUUUUCGGUGAAGGACUCGGAUACUUCAAUGUUGGAGCACAAAAAGAGGCAGAAGGAAGAGAAGAGUGCUAUGGAGGAGGAGAUGGAGGAGCUGAGGAGGGUUAGAGCACAAGAGGAGAGAGAGAAUAAGGAAAGAGAGAAAGAGAAGAGAGAAAAAGAGAAGCAGAUGAUUGCGAUGCCAGGGGCAAAGCCUCCAUCGGGUAAGAUCAGACCACGCGGAAGGCUCGGUUUGUGAUAAGUUAUCUGCCCCUCUCAUGGCCCCCUGCCCGGGCAUGAGAGAGAGAGAUGAUGGGGUUGGUGGGAGAGGGAAAGCAGGUUGACAUGCAACUUAUAUGAUAUUUUUUAUCUUUACUAGAACAGGUGGGGAAAGAUUGUAAAUUCAUACUCGGCUAGAUUCUUAGAAGUACUUCUGUGGGGUAUUUUUCAACUCUUUUAUUAUGCGCCAAAAGAUUAUAUGAUUGUACUAUCACUCCUUCGGGUUGACUCCUAUUUAGGAGUGUGUUUUUGAGUAUUUUUUGUACAGCCCGAAAUUUUACAAAUGCAACCUUCUCAAUCUCGCAACUAACCUUAAACGGAAAUAAGCAAGGUUAUAUGCCA